AUGGCCAUUCCUCCAUGGCGGAAGGCACGGCUUCGUCACGGUGGAAGCUCCACCUCCACCAGAGGUAUCGAUAUUCCUCUCGAGCUGACGGUGGAUAUAUUAAAAAAACUCCCGGCGAAAUCUCUAGUGAGGUUCCGAUGCGUUUCGAAGCAAUGGCUAUCAAUAAUCAGCAGGAGAAGAGGCUUCAUAGAUUCAAUCGUGACUCGGUCUUCGACUCAGCCACCUCGUGAUGCGCAUCUCAUCUUCGAAAACAUAUUUUCACACAGAGACGUGGAAUGUUGUAUGGUCUUGUCGUCGUCUAGUAGGAGCCCUGAGGAAAAAUCAUUAUUAUCAAUCCCCGAAGGAACGUAUGAUUACGUCCGCGGCUUGAUUUUAUCUUGGUCAGACUAUCUCAACAGGGCAGUUAUAUAUAACCCUACCACAAGGCAGUGUCUUAAGUUACCGGAGAAGGAAGUGCGGGGAGGGGGCUCUUGCUACUUGGGAUACGAUCCUCUCGAGAAUGAAUACAAAGUGUUGUUCAUACCAAUAGGCUCUAUGGAGCAGGCUUGUCGAGUUUUCACAUUGGGAGCAAAGCAGUGGAGGACCAUCCAAGGCGUUGCGUCUCACGGUCCAUUGUUUGGUGCAGUUUGCAUCGACGGGUUUAUCUACUACAUAGCAAAGGCUCAUGACUGUGAGUAUGCGUUUUUGUACCAGUUGAUGAGUUUUGACGUUAGAUCGGAGAAGUUUUAUCGCGUUGACGCUCCGGAAACACUCAAGGACCACGCUUCAGCUCUGAUAGACUACCAAGGGAAGUUAGGGUUCGUAUGCUGCAAGAAGGGCAUGGAGAUUUGGGUCGUGGAUGACAAGCAAAGCAGCUGGUCCAGGCUCUUCUUUUAUGAGAUGAGGGGUUUUCAAGAUUGGCGCGUCUCGGGGGUUACUCGUCGUGGUGAGAUCGUUUUUACCAGUUGGAUGUAUGUAUAUCUUGACAUCUUAUGUGUCUUUUAUUAUGAUCCAAAGCAAAACAGUGUGAGAGAUGUUGACUUUGAUCAAGGCACUUUCUCGGAUGCUUCGAGGCGUAACAGCAGUGGUGUUUUUAUCUGGACUCUACCGGAUUAUGUCGAAAACACUAUGCUUUUAUAUUAG